AUAGAUUUAAUGUAUUGCAGUAUACACUGUUCUGAAAUCCGUAUUGAGGCACUCAUCAAAUGUGAUCAGCGUAUCAUAACAGCAACACGGGAUCAAUGUCAGGUUAGACCUGUGUAGUGGAAUCGGAAUUACCGGUAAUCUUCACACAGUUAUACCAGAUCUAAGAGAUGGGGAAACAAAACAGCAAACUAGCGCCCGGGACAAUAGAAGAACUCAGCAAACAAACCCAAUUCUCAGAGCAGGAAUUACGUCAGUGGUACGUCGAUUUCACACAAGAUUUCCCUAAAGGGUACGUGAAGCUGGAUGAAUUUGAGAAGAUGUACGAAGGAUUUUUCCCAGAUGGAGAUGCCUCGAAAUUCGCCAGACAUGUUUUCCACGCGUUCGAUAUAAAUGGAGAUGGUCACAUCGAUUUUCGGGAAUUUGUCUGCGGUUUAAACGCCACACUUCGGGGGUCGGUCGAACAGAAACUCCAAUGGGCAUUCAGAGUGUACGACAUUCACGAGGAUGGGUACAUUUCCAAAGAAGAAAUGAAAGAUAUUAUCUCAGCUAUUCAUAAAGUCACGGGGGAUAAAAGAAAAGCCGGUAACGAGAGGACACUGCAACAGGAAAUAGAUGACGUGUUCCGGAGAAUGGACAAGAACGCCGACCAGAAAAUAUCCAACAAAGAGUUCAUAGAGAGUGCAGCCAAGGACCCAGGCUUAGUGACGCUACUGGAGCUGCAUCAGGUCACGCCCUCCAAAUAGACAGGCCACGCCCUUCAAAUAGACGCAUGGAUUGCAGCGAGGCUAAGGAUGUACAGCAGCAAGGCUAAACAGAGAUCAUUUGCAUAUCCGGAUUGUCUCCUCAGGGAAGCACCUAACAUUGGCAGAUAUUGUACACAAAUAUUGAUUUGUUAUUGAAUACUGUUGUAUUAUUAAUGGACUGAUCACGAAGUGGGUUGUCAUAAUACGGCAUCUAUCAUACUAUUUGUCGUCUACGUUACAUUACGAGUGUAAACUGCCACCAGUGUGUUGACGAUAUGGAAGUAUUUCAAAAGACGCAACUUGAUUAAACACGCAGAACUUUUAGACUAAUUGAAACAUUCCCUGGAUCGAUAAAAUCAUUAAGAUACGGUUGUUUUAUUGUAACUGCACUGCACGACUGGUUCAAAACGUAAUUCCAUAGCUAAAUCGCCAACCCCCCUCACAGCAUCUAUUUUUCAGAGUAGGUACAUGUAUAUACAUACAUUUAAUUCCAUAUACACCAGCUGCAAUGUUUAAGCGCAGUAUAGUUUGGCAAUACUAAUGCCACCUGUAAUCGAAAAUGUAGUCACUUGCAAAUCGAAAACGACAUAGACUCGCAACCCCAAGAUAGUCACGGAAAACUGGGAGUAAUCGACCCCGUGCAAUUUUUUCAUCGUGCUGAAAUUUACUUUAAAAAGUGUAAAUUCUAUCAACAUUUUCGUCAAUAGAGAACAGUUUCUUCACGGUAUAUACAAGUUUUAUUGAAAAGGAUGUCUAAUCUGCAUGGAUUUUUGUGGUAGCUUGUUUGUUCUGUUUUCUCCUUGUCGUUAUUCCGAAGCAGAGGGAUGGAAAGAACACAAUAAAUGGCGUGUUAUUU